AUGUUUCCAUUAAUUGUUCAUAAUUUAUCGUUAAAAGUAAAAGUAGUUCCAGUUCAACUUGGUUUACAUUCUUCUUCAAAUCAUUCACAGAUGAAAUUAUCAUUUCAUGAACAUUAUUUGCGCAAUAAUUUUUGUUGCGCUUCACAGCUGUCGGAUGAUCAAAGCUUUGAAGUUGUUCAAAUAUUUAAAGCAUAA